AGGUAUACCCUAAAGCGACGUAGUUUAACAAAGUGACAUCGCUGUAAUGUAUAUUGAAAAUGUAAAAAUUAAAGACCAGUUUUUAAUAUUCUCGACGUCUUCAGGAGACAAAUGUUCCUUGAAAGAUGGCAGCGAAGGUAUCUGCAAACUUAUAACGGAAUGUCCGACCGCUGUACAACUGACAAGAAAAAAAGUUAUUCCGGUAAUAUGUGGAUUCGAAGAAACUGAAUCUAUUGUGUGUUGCAAAGAAGAUGAGGAGGUGAUGGAAAUUACUAGAACGACAACUAAUCCAGUUACCAACAGAACACCAGGAGAUAUAAGCAAACAAAAAUGCAAAGAAUAUGCGGAGUAUGCCUACGAAAAGGUGUUUGCCCCCACAUUGUUGCUCAAACCGCACAUUACAAAAAGGCUUGUGUGCGAUAUUCCGCGAAAUAGACUCGUUGUGGGAAGUUCCUUGGCAUCAAGAAGGGAAUUCCCUCAUAUGGCUCUUAUUGGUCAUAAACCUGAGGGUAGUGACACUAACUGGCACUGUGGGGGUUCUCUCAUAAGUGAAAACUUUGUUCUCACCGCUGCGCAAUGCUUGUUUGCAGCAUCACUAACCCCCCCGAUACUGGUAAGGGUUGGUGUGACAAAUAAGACAGACCUUUCGCAAAUGCAAGAACGAACAGUGAGUGAAAUCAUCAUCCAUCCCGAAUUCAAUUCUACCAGUACGUACUACGACAUAGGUCUGUUGAGAUUCUCAAAGAAUGUAGAGUUUAACACCUACAUACGACCAGCAUGCCUGCAAACUGAAAAAUUUAUCCCCUCUGUCUUAGCUAUAGCUUCAGGAUGGGGGGUUAUUGGAUUUGGAGAAGAAACGAGCAACGAUUUAUUGGCAACAGUGUUAGAAUUCUACGGUGCUGAAGAAUGUAAUAACAAGUAUAGAUUGGAUGUUUCAUCUGAUAGACUGAAAGCUGGAAUCGUUGACGAUAUGAUCAUUUGCGCUGGAAUCUCUAAAUCAGAAAGGUCUACAUGUGAGGGGGAUGCUGGUGGUCCUCUUCAAAUAUACCACAAAGAAACUGAAGAAGUCAAAUGCAUGUACGACAUCAUCGGGGUGAUCUCCUAUGGGAACCCAUGCGGUUUUCAGCAAAGCGGUCUUAUAGAUAUAUUCACUAGAGUAUCGGUUUAUCUAAAGUGGAUAGAAGACAUUGUUUGGCCGAACUAAAUAUGUACUACUUUCAUAUUAUUUUUAUAUUUAAUGUGAUUCAAGAAGA